UGGCUCAAUCAUCAAUUCUCAUUGUUUCAGUUUUUGUGUUCUUUAUUUUGUCUACUAGUGCUAGACGCUUUCCUAGAAGAACACUCCUUGAUGAUUCUUCCUCUAUGAGCAACUUCACUUUUGUCUGUGAUCCAUCUCGAUAUGUCAAUCUUGGGUUAGAUAUUUCUUCAUUUCGCUUUUGUAAUUCAUCCCUCUCUUUUCCGGAGAGGUCUAAGGAUCUAGUAGAUAGAAUGACAUUAUCUGAGAAAGUUGCUCAACUUGGCCACCGUGCCCUUGGAGUUGCUCGCCUCGGUUUGCCACCGUACAAUUGGUGGUCAGAGGCUCUUCAUGGCGUCUCCAAUGUUGGCCCUGGUACUCGAUUUGAUGAUGUUGUGCCAGGUGCCACUAGCUUCCCCAAUGUCAUUUCCAUGGCAGCAUCAUUCAGUGAAGCUAUGUGGAAAACAAUCGGUCAAGUGGUUUCAACGGAAGCAAGAGCUAUGUAUAAUCUUGGGAGGGCUGGAUUGACAUAUUGGAGUCCAAAUGUAAAUGUAGUUCGAGAUCCAAGAUGGGGACGAACCUUGGAAACACCCGGCGAGGACCCUUUUGUGGUUGGCAAAUAUGCAGUGAACUAUGUUAGAGGUCUCCAAGACGUGGAAGGAACUGAAAAUGCCACUGAUUUGAACUCUAGGCCUCUCAAGGUUUCUUCUUGUUGCAAGCACUAUGCUGCCUAUGAUGUCGACAAUUGGCUCGGGGUCGAACGCUACACUUUUGAUGCUAAGGUGACCGAACAAGACAUGUUGGAGACAUUCCUUAAGCCAUUUGAGAUGUGCGUUAAGGAAGGAGAUGUCAGCAGUGUGAUGUGUUCUUACAACAAAGUUCAUGGCCUUCCAACUUGUGCUGAUCCGGCUCUCUUGAAGGACACCAUUAGAGGCGAUUGGGACCUUCAUGGAUACAUUGUUUCAGACUGCGACUCAAUUGAGGUUAUGGUUGAUCAUCAACAUUUUCUGCAAGAUACAAAUGAAGAUGCUGUUGCUCAAACUCUCAAAGCAGGGUUGGAUUUGGAUUGUGGUCAAUUUUACCCAAAUUUCACAGAAGACUCAGUAAGGCAAGGGAAAGUUGGAGUGAAGAACAUUGACAAGUCUCUAAACUAUCUCUACGUUGUUCUAAUGAGACUUGGAUUCUUCGAUGGAAGCCCUGAGUUCCAAUCACUUGGAAGCAGAGAUAUUUGCAAUGAUGAACACAUUGAAUUGGCCACUGAAUCUGCCAGACAAGGAAUGGUUCUUCUCAAGAAUGAUAAUGACACUUUGCCUCUUGAUACUUCUACUAUCAAAACUCUGGCUGUUGUUGGACCCCAUGCCAAUGCUACCUCUGUCAUGCUUGGAAAUUAUGCAGGAGUGCCAUGCCGAGUGAAAUCUCCAAUUGAUGGGCUAUCAGGAUAUGCAAAAGUGAACUACCAAAUGGGUUGUGAGAAUGUUGCUUGCAGAAACGAUACCUUCAUAUUUGGAGCCAUGGAUGCCGCCAAGAAUUCUGAUGCAACCGUGAUUCUUGGGGGUAUUGACUUGUCCAUUGAAGCUGAGAGCUUGGACAGAGUUGAUCUUCUUCUUCCUGGUUUCCAAACUCAGCUCAUCCAACAAGUUGCAGCUGUCUCUAAGGGCCCUGUUGUUCUUGUCAUCAUGUCGGCGGGUGGCAUCGACAUCUCUUUCGCUAAGAAUAGUCCCAACAUCAAAGCUAUUGUCUGGGCUGGUUAUCCCGGCGAAGAGGGCGGCCGCGCCAUUGCCGAUGUUAUCUUUGGAAAAUUCAACCCAGGAGGAAGAUUACCGGUAACAUGGUAUGAAGCCGACUACGUCAACCAGCUACCAAUGACAUCGAUGCCUCUCCGGCCAGUGAAAAGCCUUGGCUAUCCAGGAAGAACCUACAAAUUCUACGACGGCACUGUCGUCUACCCCUUCGGCUACGGCCUCAGCUACACCUCUUUCACCCAUACUCUAGUCUCCGCCAGCCGAUCCCUCGCCGUCAAUCUCGACAAAACAAUCCAAUGCCGCGACAUGUCCUAUGAGGACACUGCCUUCAAGCCCGACUGCGCCGCCGUCCUCGUCGACGACCUAACUUGCUCCGAAGAGUUCGAGUUUGAAAUCAAAGUCGAGAACACCGGCAAAAAGGACGGUAGCCAGGUUGUGAUCGUGUACUCGAAACCACCGAGCGGAAUUUCUUCGACUCAUAUCAAGCAGGUGGUUGGGUUCCAGAGGGUGUUUGUGGAUGCUGGGGGGAAUGAAUCGGUGAAAUUUAAGUUGAAUGCUUGUAAGAGCUUGGGGCUAAUUGAUUUCAGUGGCUACAAUCUGCUGCCGGCGGGUGGGCACACCAUUGUGGUGGGAGAUGGAGAUGUUUCUUUCCCUGUGCAGCUUAGCUUCCAUGGGAAUUAAGGUUGUGUUUGUCCUUUGUGGGUAUUGUUUAUGGAUUUCGUAGGGUUAUCUGUAGGGUGCAGGGUAGGUUUAAAGUCUUCUUGUGUAGGGAGAUAA